AUGGAGGAAACAGAUAAUUCGAGUUCACAUCCAUACUAUCCCAGAGAUCUAUUAAUACCGCAUUUUAAAGCCAAUGAAUUAUCCCAGGUUCAAUUGCUGAUCACCGUCUUCGGUACAUUUGCCGUAGUGUUCAUUGCAACAUGGUUAUACAGUGGUACGCUGAAGCGAAGAUUGCCCAUUUCAAUUUCUCAACGACUUGUCAUUUGUUGGUUCGCGCUAUGUGGAUGUAUACAUUCUGUUCUGGAGGGAUAUUUUGGUAUUUACCACAGCGUUAUAGCCGGUGACCAAAAUAUACUGUCGCAAUUAUGGAAGGAAUAUGGAAAAGGAGAUAGUCGUUAUAUUAUCUCUGACAACUUUACUGUGUGCAUGGAGAACAUCACGGCGUGGUUUGAAGGUCCCGGAUGUUUUCUUGUCGCGUAUGCCUUAUUAAACAGAAAGUCAUACCGCUAUGUAGCACAGAUGUUAGUAUCCAUGGGUCAGCUUUAUGGUUGUACAUUGUAUUUCGUCACUGAAGUCAGAGAUGGGUUCAUUCACAGUAAAAUGUGGCACCCUCUAUACUUCUGGUUCUACUUUGUGUUUCUGAACAUGUUCUGGAUGGUAAUACCAUUCUGCAUGAUCGUACAAGCGGCCAGUCAUCUCAUCGGGGCACAAGCAGCGCGUGAUGCGGAGAACACAAAAGGCAAAAAUAGCAAGAAGAGGAAGUAG